AUGUAUCUCUUGCGUACUCUUCCCCUGUUUGCUUCCUUGGCCGCUUACGCCUCUGCCUCAGUGGUCGUGGAGCGCCAGGCUUCGUCAACUACCACUUCCUCUGCUGCCCGCUCUUCCACGACUUUGACUCCAGACGAUGCUGAUACAGAGUGUUCGAACACUGCCAGCAGUCGUGCAUGCUGGGGCAAUGGUUUCUCGAUUGCGACCGAUUUCGAUAAGAAGUGGCCUGACACCGGAAGAACUGUUCCUUACACGCUGGACAUCACAAACACUACAAUCGAUCCUGAUGGUACUGGAGAGAGAAGGGUCAUGUUGAUCAACAAUCAGUACCCAGGCCCAGUUAUUAGAGCUAGUUGGGGAGACUGGCUCGAAGUCACAGUCAACAACCACUUACCCGACAAUGGUACCGGUAUCCAUUGGCAUGGAAUUCGGCAGUACGAAACGUGCGACCAAGAUGGUGUUCCCGGAAUAACUGAAUGUCCAAUUGCGCCAGGGACGUCCCGCACGUACAGGUUCCAUUGUACGCAGUACGGCACGAGCUGGUAUCACUCGCACUGGAGUGUUCAAUAUGGUGUAGGAACUCUUGGUCCGCUCGUCAUCGAUGGUCCUGCUACGGAAAACUAUAAUGAAGAUCUUGGACCUUUCGCAGUGACGGACUGGUAUGACGAGACCGCCUUCUUCAACAAUCCUCUGGCGCGCAGCAUACCUCCACAGGCUUACACCGGUCUUGUGAAUGGUAUGAAUGUCAGUCCUGACGGAACCAAGGGCAAAUACUUCAACGCUACCGUCCAAUCUGGCAAGAGAUAUCGUCUACGACUCAUCAACACAUCUGUUGACAGCGCCUACAUGGUUUCUGUCGAUGAUCAUCCUUUCACCGUUAUCACCAAUGACUUUGUGCCCAUCAUGCCUUAUGUCGCGGACCGAGUCUUUGUAGGAAUCGGACAAAGACUUGAUGUCAUAAUUGAGGCGAACCAGACAGCAGGCAACUACUGGUUUAGGGCAGAUGUUCCCGCCGUGGGUGGCGCAUUUCCUGCAUGCGGGAAUAAUGCAAACCCCAACGGCAUCAGGGCAAUCAUCCAUUACAGCAAUUCAACCUUCGCAAACCCUACUAGUACAGCCUGGGACAGGACUGGAGUCAACGCAGAUAGAUGCAAUGACGAGUCCUACCAAACAGACAAGCUCACGCCUUACUGGGACAGCUUCGUUCCUUCUGAUGCCUUGUUGGCGAACCCUGAACUCUUGAGUGUGCAACCUCAGGAGGCUGGCGUCCGUAGCGACAACGCGACCAUCUUCCAGUGGGCCAUCAACACCACCGCGCUCAACGUGGAUUGGGACAAGCCGAUUCUUGAAUACGUUCAAGAGGGCAAUACAAGCUAUCCCAAAUCGGAGAACUUGAUCAACGUGCCUGAUGUCGACUGGACGUACUGGGUGCUCCAGGAGAUCCCGACUCCAGCAGGAGCUCAUCUGGACAUUCCUCACCCCAUUCACUUGCAUGGACAUGACUUCUACGUGUUGGGUGCUAAAGAAAGCAGCAACUACACCAACGAUCAAGCAAGCGAGUUGAACUUCAAGAAUCCACCUCGUAGGGACACUGCGAUACUGCCCUCAGGUGGGUGGCUGGUCAUUGCCUUUGAGACCAACAAUCCUGGUGCUUGGAUCAUGCAUUGCCACAUCGCAUGGCAUGUAGCCGAUGGUUUGGCCACACAGUUCCUCGAGACGCCCGGUCAGAUCAAGAUCGAUUCCGGUUUCAACGACAUUUGCUCGACGUGGCGCGAUUACUAUCCUGAGGAGUCAUACUGGAAGAAGGAUGACUCUGGCGUCUAG